CGGCGCUCGAAGCCCCGAACGGGGAGCGGCGGCGGCUGAAAAGUAACGGAAAGGAACGAAGAUGGCCAAGAGGCGCCCGCGGCGUAGCUUGGACUGUAGCCCCCCGUCCAAGGUCUUUGUUAUGGAUGCGACACUGGCCGAAUACAUUAAAAGAACUGUGUUGCGGAUUCCACGUUCAGAAACAACAAAAAUGCUGUCCAUGUGGAAGUUUCUCUCUGAGACCCAGCUUCAGUCUUUAAACAUUCAUCAAGUAAAGGAAAAAGUGGCUGAAGAAGUACUCCAACUUUGCAAGGAAAACUGUGCAACUAUGAAGCAUGCAGCAGAUCUGGACAUAAUUUACAACUAUACCUACAGGGACAAGAAGUGCUGGACUGUUUAUCAAAUGACUAGAGAAGAAGGUGAUGAAAAUGACGUUUUUGACUUUGUGAAGUUUAAAAAGGAAUUUAAAGAGAGCUUUCGGUCAGCUCUGAAAAAUGUAACCAUCACCUUCAAAGAAUAUGAAGACAAUGCAAUAUGGAUUCGAAUUGCAUGGGGAACACAGUUUACAAAACCAAACCAGUAUAAGCCAACUUACGUUGUGUAUCACUCACAGACUCCUUAUGUCUUCAUGUCUAUUUCUAGACGCAAGAGCUACACACCAAUGCUUUGUCAGGCCCUGUUGGUUGCUUCCAGUUACAAUGACAUCCAUGAAAUGGACCUCCGGAGCCACUGUUUAGACUCUAUUAAAGAUAUUGUGUUUAAUCGCUAUAGCCAGAACUUUCAAACCCAUCACCCCCAGCCUCUACAAGAAAAAAGCAACACUUUGGAAAAUGUAGAUCCAAGGAUAAUUCAGGAAGAUAAACAUAAAAAGGAGAAAAUUCAGAGAAUUACUCAGGAAACCUUUGGUGAUGGUCCCCAGCCAAAAUUAGAGUUUGCAGAAUACAAGCUUGAGACGACAUUCCGAAGCGAACAAGAAAAAGGGGCAUUGAAUAAUAUAGAGCCGUUUAGAUGCAUGGUCAAGUUUUCUAGUCCUCAUCUUUUAGAAGCGCUGAAAUCCCUAGCACCAGCUGGAUUGGCAGAUGCUCCACUAUCGCCAUUACUGACCUGCAUCACUCAGAAAGCCAGGAACUAUUUUAAAAUCAGGGAGAGAAAAGGAUCACUUUCACAAAGCCAUCUGAGCCAGUGACACUUUUUAAAAACUAAGUAGAUGAGAGAGAAAUGUUUCCCUGAUCAUUGAAGUAUCUUAUUCAAUGAAAUAGAGGUCACGCAGAGGACCUGCCUUUCCAAGCCUUCGACAACUCAAGCAAUCAGAAUGACAUACGAUGGAAACAUAUUGUCUUGACAAGCUAUAAUCUGCCGACUGGUGUGAUCUGUUUGACAAAAGCUUGCUUAUAUGUCCCAACCCAUGGCUGGAUGAACUUUUCCUGAGCCUCAAACGUAUCAGACACUUGUCUGUAGAAAGUUAUAAAACUUUCCAGAGUAGUUCUUUACAGUGCACUGAGGGAUAUGGAAGAGUUGGGGGGGUAUUGAUUAUUCUGGUGGGAGCGAUCGGAUCUGGCAGAGGUGCACCACUGGAUUCAGGCAAGGGAUGGCUAGAAUAAAUCUGGAACAGCCCUGACAAAGUCAUAAAGGGAUCCUCCCCCUUUUCGCUAGUCUCAUAACAGGCUUGUAACCCAUAUUUCUGUCUCAGCUCUAAAGGAGGAGAGAUCCUCACUUGUUUAGGAGGCUUGAAAAUGACUGGCUUAUUUUAUACAACGGGUGAAGUAACAUAACCUGGUUUUGAAAUGGCUGCUUCUUGUGUAUUGGUCUAAAAUGAAACUAUAUGGAAAUCCUUAUAAAAUCAGUUGGAUUUCACUUCCAAGUCCAUUCCCAGUGGGUCAGUCAGCAGUGAUACAGCUGGUUGCAGGGAGGUGAAGAAUUUCAAUUUUCAACUGGACCAAUGCUUUUAAGUUAAAAUAUACAUUUUAACUUAUUACGGCAGGACACGUGUGUUGAAAACUAUUGGUUGUAGCUUAUAGCAGCACCAAUUGUUUUACGUAGACUUCAGUGCUCUUUUUAAACAGUAUUGACUAUGCUGAAAAAGGAAGUUGUUUUGACAGUUUGGUUUAUCUGUGUAGCUGCAUGUGUUAAGUAUAAAUAAAGGCUUUCUUUAUAGA